GUCCAGAGAUCAGCAGGGUAGCUGUCCUUCGUGCAUCUUGAAGAACAUCUGCACUCAGAAACACAAGAGAAAACAUCAGUGCAAUGCUGCUUCUCAGACGCUGCCACAGACUGACUCCAUUUGGCCCUCUAAGCGUUCAAAGCAAAAUAUAAAGAAAUGAGGGAUGGCUCAAGACUUAUACAGUAUGUACAGUACUGUAGGCCAGUCUGAUCUAUGUGGAAGUUGCAUUUCAAUUUCCUUAGAUAUCAGGUGGCCCCUGUAGUUGCAUCGUGUACAGUUCGUCUCAGCAGCAGCAGCAACGAGCAGAGAUUUCACCAGCAUGGCUUCAGUUGGACACGUGCCCUGGCAGGGAUACUGGCUGGUACAGGGGUUGUACUGGCAUAUGGUCUACGCCACCACAAGGCUGAGCAGGCAGAUGUUAGAGAUCAGACUGUACAGAUGAGGUCCUCUCUUCCUGUCAUCAGCCAGGCGGAAGUUGCAAAGCAUCGCUCUCUGAAAGAUGGCGUGUGGGUCACUUACAAAGGUGGUGUCUAUAACAUUACCGAGUUUGUGGCCAUGCACCCCGGUGGGGAUAAAAUCAUGCUGGCAGCAGGCGGUGCCCUUGAGCCCUUCUGGGCACUUUAUGCGGUACAUAAUCAGGACCAUGUGCUGGAAAUACUCUCUUUGUAUAAGAUUGGUGAGCUAAGUGCAGAAGACCUGAAGAAGCAACGUGAUGUUAAAUCCUCAGACCCCUACUCUUCUGACCCUGAGCGCCACCCUGUCCUGCGUCCCAACAGUCUCAAGCCCUUCACAGCUGAACCACCACCUGAAAUCCUCUCUGACAGCUACAUCACACCCUCUGUUUUUUUCUUUAAAAGAAACCACCUGCCAGUUCCUCAGGUGGACCCAGCUUCAUAUCGGCUACAUGUGGAGGGACUGCCUGGAGGAGUGCUGACACUGUCUUUAGGAGACUUGAAGACUCGAUUCCCCAAACACACAGUGACUGCUACACUGCAGUGUGCAGGUAAUCGCCGAAGUGAGAUGAAUAAGGUCAGGCAGGUAAAGGGACUGAACUGGGGCAUUGCUGCCAUUGGCAAUGCGACAUGGAGCGGGGCCAAACUCAGGGAUGUCCUGCUGGCUGCAGGUUACGGGCCAGAUGUGACUCAGUGGGCUCGCCAUGUACAGUUUGAAGGACUGGAUAAAGAUAUAACAGGGACUGCCUACGGUGCUUCAAUCCCUAUAGGCAAGGCAGUUAGCGAGGAUGGUGAUGUGCUUCUGGCCUAUGAAAUGAAUGGUGAGGAUAUUCCGGCUGACCAUGGCUUCCCUGUUCGCGUGGUGGUACCAGGUAUAGUGGGCGCACGCAAUGUGAAAUGGCUGGGUAAAAUCACAGUCAGCGCAGAGGAAAGCAGCAGCCACUGGCAGCAGAACGAUUACAAAGGCUUCUCACCUGGAACAGACUGGGACACAGUGGACUACAAAUCUGCUCCAGCCAUCCAAGAGCUGCCUGUUCAGUCUGCUAUCACCACACCUGCAGAAGGCACCGUGAUCGAUCGCAGUGCAGAAAUGCUGACGGUGAAGGGCUACGCUUGGAGCGGCGGGGGUAGAGAGGUGAUACGCGUAGAUGUUUCCCUGGAUGGAGGAAAGACGUGGCAGGUGGCCCAGCUGAAGAGCAGUGACAAGGAAGAAGAUCCUCAGACACCUCCUCCACUGGGACGAGCCUGGGCGUGGAAACUGUGGGAGAUAACGGUUCCUCUCCCUCCUGAGGCCCAAGAGCUGGAGAUAAUUUGCAAGGCAGUCGACAACAGUUACAACAUGCAGCCGGACACAUUUGCUCCCAUCUGGAAUCUCAGGGGUGUGCUGAGCAACGCCUGGCACAGAGUGAAAGUGAAGAUCAGCGAGGAUAACGGCGAGGAAUAGACUCAGAAAUCAAAAGGUAAAACUGAGUCAGAGUGAGCUAUUUUUUUAAUUGUUAAAUUUGUGUCAUGGACUCAGCAAAAUGUAUGCACAAACAGGGAAAAGCUCCAUAGGUAAAUAACACUAUAUUUUGAAGUAUUUUUGACACAGCCUCAAGUAUUUAUUCAUUUAUGUUGCCAGUGAGCUCGGAAAGAUUUGCAGCAGUACAAACAGAGGAUGAAACUGAAGGCUGUGAAAAGCCAAAUUAAACUGUGUCUGGUUGUGUCUUCUUAUUAGUCUCGUUCUCUCUUCUUAAACAAAACUGUGGUUCAAUUUCAUUCUGAAUCUCUGUGAUUUAUAAAGAUGAAACAUUUAUUUUUGUAAUCUGUAUUUAUAACACUGCCGAUAAUAAUAGUUCGUUAAAAGGGUUGUAUUCACAAUGUGAUUACUGCACCGCAAAAUGUAAAAGAUUAAUUUUUUAUAAUGACUUCUAGAUGAAAUGAAGUUGAGCUGUUGAUUAAGUAUUGAAUUGUUUUUAAUUAAGCGUAGUGAUACUGAGUGUAGUGUUCAGUUAGAGAGGACUGGCAUCAGCCUGCAGUGUUUAAACAUAUGAUCAUUUAUUUAUCUUUGUUGACCAAGGUCCAGUUUUUUUUUUGUUUGUUUGUUUGUUUGAGAACUUUGAGUAACUCCAAGAAGUUCUACCUGUAGUAAUCAUCUUGUGGUUGAAAUCAGUGACACAUAAAUCAAUGUUUGCCUUAAGAUAGCCCAUCAGUGGUGGACUGUGGCUCUUUGUGUACUAAUCAGGUGGUGGGCCUGCCCUCUACUGUUUCAGAGGAGAUAUGAAAUACAAAAAAACAGUAUGAAAUUCCAGCUGAAGUCCAGCUUUGUAUGCUACAAGACUACAGCGCGACAGAGGUUUGUUUGAUAUGCUUUUACCCCGCUGAUCGCCUGGUGUCCCCAUGCUCAUUGGUGUAAGGAGAGUCCAGAAAAAAAAUACUGGUGGGAAGUGAGUGCUGAUUCCUUACAUGGGGAGAGGAGGAGUGAAUAAUAGGAAGAAUAAUAAUAGUAGGAAUAAUAAAACAACAACAGUGUGUUUGAUGAAACAUUUGGCAUUUGUUUGAAAUGAGGAAACUGCAGGUUUUAGUUUUAUUAGCAGGUGGCCGGUGCAUUCACACAUGGAUUACAUUUAAGUGUGAGAAUCAUAAAAUGUAUUUAAUUGCUGAUGAUGAAUAAAGACCU